UAUUGUAUGAGAUGAAUCUAGGAGUGGCCUCAAACGCAGAACAGAUCAGAGACAGAGAGCAAGCAAAAGCAAACAGACCGACAAGUAAAACAUUUAGAUUAUAAUUAUAGGGGCCAACGACUUUGAAAGGCUUAUUGUCAGUAAGAUUGAGAGAGGCUACUAAAGAGGUAUUUUUAACAUGCGAAGGACAACGCCAACGCGACAGACCCGAUUCCCACCACCAUUCGUUGAGAUAGCUUCAACUGCAACAGGGAUCCCAGAAGUGAAAAGGAAUGAGGUGUACCAGGUUCUGCCGGAGAUCCAGGCUGUUUGUGACAUGUGUGUGUAUGACAAAAAGCCAGCAUUGAAGACCUGCAUCAAAUGUGAGAUGUCCAUGUGUGCCCAGCACUUGGAACCACACCUGACAGUGCCAUUGCUGUUGCAGACACAUACCCUGACUGAACCCAUAGCACCGGGGGCUGGGGGAGUUGGGGCAGCCACCAAAUGCCCCCAACAUGGUAAGAUUCUUGAGUACUACUGCUUGGACGACCUAACCAGUGCGUGCAUGUCCUGCGCCAUCGAGGACCAGCACCGUGUCCACAACAUGAAAACCCUGCCUAAGGCACACAAAGAGCUGGGAGAGAAGCUGAAGGAAGAGCAGAAGAAGUUGGCCCAGAGAGAGAGACAGAUUCAGGAACUAGGGAGGUGGGAUAAGGAGCAGAGGGAGAGGUUGGCUAGCUCCAGUGUCCGGCUCAUCGAGGGAGUGUCCGUCCUGCGCGACAUCACCCUAACCAGCGUCAAGACCUCCGUCUCAGCUCGCAUAGUGUCCAUCAAUACCUCCAAGAGGACCAUGCAGGCUGCCCUGUCUGAUGGGGACUCCUUCCGCUUCCUCCAGGGUUAUGCAGGGGUGCACCAGGCUGUGGAGAAUGCCCGUGCUGUGGAUCUGAGGAAGGGGCUGGAGCCUGGGGCCGACCAGGACAGGCUGGUCCAGGAGCUACAGCAGAGUGGAGGAAAGCUUGUGGAGCAGAUGACACAGCUUUGGAGUUCUCUGCUGGCUCUGGUCGACCCCCAAAAAAAACAGAAAGCACAGGGUUCCACCACGAUGACCUUUGACCCCAAGAGCUUGGGAAGGGGAAUGUCUCUUUCCCAGGACCACAGGAAAGUGUUCUACACCCCGCUUGCCAAUCUCACUGCCCAUACUCUUCUGUGCCAGGAUAGCGGCUCUGAUGCCAACCCUAGGUGGGUGGUCAAACUAUCUGAGGACUGUGAUUGGACCAUUGGCUUAUGUGUCAACGUUUCUUCUUCUGGGAAUGACAACGUUUUUGCUCUGCGCUGGCAGAAGGGCCAACUGAGUUCACAGGCAGACUUAAAGUCUCAGUUAAUCUAUCUUCCUGGGAAAACUGCAGCUCAACCUGAAACAAUACCCCGUCCCAUUGAAUUAGAAGUGUUCUGGGACAAAACCUCCAACCCACCAUCCCUGUCCUUCUACAGCAGGGGCAGAUAUCACCAGAGGACGGAACUGCACAGAAUGGAGAUCAAGCAUCAUCAGGGUGACCUAACUCCCUUUGUCACCCUGGGAACAGGAAGUAGCUCAGCCAGAGUCAGACAGUCCAGUGCCCGACUCCUUGAAAGUUUCAAUCAGUUAAAUUACUAUGGAGAGUACGGUCUCUAUGGAGCAAACAUUCAGCCAGAGCUGCAGUGGGGGUGCCCAUGUGGAGAGGUCCAUGAACAUCCCAAGAUUCAGCAGUCUUUCUAUCACCAGCAUGUGUCUCAACAGGAUCCAAUGUGCACAUGUAAGAGAGUUAUCGGUACGCCGUAUAUGGGGGUGUUCUGUGAACUGGUGUAAUGAUAGAGGAAAAUAUAGUUUAGAUGAUCAAUUAUGUAUACAUUAAUGAUUAGAACCCUUCUAUGCUAAUACUUAUGUUAUGAUUUGAAAAGUAUGGGUUCUUAAUUGUACUGUUACUGAAAAUGUAAGCAGAAAUGAAUUGUUUCUGUGUCUCCUGGGAAAGUUUGAGAAAAAGGGAUAAGAUCGUUUUUCAAACAGAUAAGAAUGUUUUGGUUGGAUUCCAUUAGGGGAGAGAAGUAUAUCCUUUAGACAGGUUGGAAUGUAGAUUUAUGAGGGGAGUGAAACUAUCUCCAGGACUGAAUACUAAGCCAUUGUAAGGCUGGGAGAGGGUGUGAAACUGAUGACGUCAUUUUAUGUUCACUUUCUUUAAAAUGUAAUGUAAUGUAUUUUGGGUCAGUACUCAUCAAGAAUAAAUGUUGAACUUGUUUUUAA